CGCUUUAAUCUUCAUGUUUCUCGUGCUGCGAAGAGCCAAUCAGCUUACCGAUAUCUCUAAGAAGAUCACUGACUGGGUUAAUCCAGGCGACAAAUCUGGCGAAUUCAAGCGCCAGGCAUCAGUCUUCCGAAAUUUGAUCUCCAAGGAAGCCGGAGCUGAAUUUCCCCCAGAGAAAGACCGUUACCACCUUUAUGUCUCUUAUGCCUGCCCUUGGGCACACCGAACCCUGAUCGUCCGAAAAUUAAAGGGCCUCGAGGACAUCAUUUCAUACACAUCGGUGCACUGGCACUUGGGCGAGAAAGGCUGGCGCUUUGCCACCCCUGAUGAAGAUAUCCCAGGCGCAAAUACAACCCCUGACCCAGUCCACUCCUCGUACAGUCACCUCCGCGACAUCUACUUCGCCAACGAACCCAACUACACUGGCCGCUUUACUGUCCCCGUCCUCUACGAUAAGAAAACGAAGCGUAUCGUCAGCAACGAGUCUUCCGAGAUCAUCCGCAUGUUCUACUACGAAUUCGACGACCUCUUACCUGCACAGUAUCAGAAAGUCGACCUCUUCCCACCUCAUCUCCGCGAGCAAAUCGACGCCACGAACGACUGGGUAUAUAACGACGUUAACAAUGGGGUCUACAAGUCUGGUUUUGCAACUACCCAGGAAGCAUAUGAGAGAAAUGUCACGACGCUUUUUGCCUCACUCGAUAGGAUUGAAAAGCAUCUCGCGGAUUCCAAGUCGGCUUAUUUUUUUGGAGAUGACAUCACCGAGGCGGAUAUAAGGCUCUUCACGACGAUCGUUCGAUUUGAUCCCGUAUAUGUACAACACUUCAAGUGCAAUAUUCGCGAUAUCAGAUCUGGGUAUCCGGCUAUUCAUGCUUGGUUGAGGAGGCUGUACUGGGAUGUCCCAGCGUUCCGGGAGACGACCCAGUUCGAACAUAUUAAGAAGCACUACACGAAGAGUCAUUCGCAGAUCAACCCCUUCGGCAUCACACCUGUAGGGCCGACACCGGAUAUCCUGCCCAAAGAUAAGGAGGUGAAUGCUGUAAAGCACUAAGCGGGUUGCCAUGUAUUUUAUCUACGGUUGAUAUAUCGGAUAGGUGAAUAAACUUUGUUCAAAGUGCU